GAAACAGUUGAAUAUGCCUUCCUCAUCAUUUUCACAAUUGAGACCUUUCUGAAGAUUAUCGCUUAUGGUUUGGUGAUGCACCAGAACGCGUAUGUGAGAAACGGCUGGAACAUGCUGGAUUUUGUCAUCGUGGUAAUAGGACUCUUCAGUGUUGUCUUGGAGCUUUUGACCAAAGAUGAGAAGGCAGAAGGCAUCGAAGAGGAAGCCGAACAACAAGCCUUGCAUGGGCACGGGGGUAAGCCAGGUGGAUUCGAUGUUAAAGCCCUUCGAGCCUUCCGUGUGUUGCGACCUCUGAGGCUGGUCUCAGGAGUACCCAGUUUACAGGUGGUGCUGAACUCCAUCAUUAAAGCCAUGGUCCCUCUCCUGCACAUUGCCCUUCUGGUCUUGUUUGUCAUCAUCAUCUAUGCUAUUAUCGGCCUCGAACUUUUCAUCGGAAAAAUGCAUGCAUCCUGCUUUAUACCUGGUUCAGAUGCAAUAGCAGAAGAAGAACCAGCUCCAUGUGCAAUCUCAGGGCAUGGGCGCCAAUGCUCCAAUGGCACGGAGUGCAGGGAAGGCUGGCAAGGUCCCAACGGUGGCAUCACCAACUUUGACAAUUUUCUGUUUGCCAUGCUGACGGUGUUUCAGUGCAUCACCAUGGAGGGCUGGACGGACGUGCUGUACUGGAUGAACGAUGCUAUGGGUUUAGAGCUUCCAUGGGUGUACUUUGUCAGUCUUGUGAUCUUCGGCUCCUUUUUCGUUCUUAACCUGGUUUUGGGUGUGUUGAGCGGAGAAUUCUCCAAGGAAAGAGAGAAGGCCAAGGCUCGAGGAGACUUCCAAAAGCUGCGUGAAAAGCAGCAGCUUGAGGAGGACUUGAAGGGUUACCUGGACUGGAUCACUCAGGCUGAAGACAUCGACCCUGACAACGAGGACGAGGCGGAUGAGGAGAGCAAGCGUAACCGGGUGACUCUGGCUGACCUCACAGAGAAGAAGAAAGGAAGGUUUGGGUGGUUCAGCCAGUCGUCCGACACUCAUGCGAGCGUUCCAGCCAGUGAAACCGAAUCUGUGAACACGGAGAAUCAGAACGGGGAGGAUGAAAAGACACCAUGCUGCGGACCUCUGUGUCAAAAAAUUUCAAAGUCAAAGUUCAGUCGGCGCUGGCGCCGCUGGAACAGAUUCUGCCGCAGGAAGUGCCGUUUGGCUGUCAAGUCGGUGCCUUUCUAUUGGCUGGUCAUCAUCCUAGUGUUCCUCAACACCCUCACCAUUUCUUCAGAGCAUUAUAACCAGCCUAUGUGGUUGACUCAAAUGUUGGUGAAGAUGUACAGUCUCGGGCUACAGGCCUAUUUUGUUUCCCUGUUCAACCGCUUUGACUGCUUUGUGGUGUGUGGAGGAAUCACUGAAACCAUUCUGGUUGAGUUGGAAAUCAUGUCUCCCCUCGGGAUUUCCGUGUUCCGCUGUGUCCGCCUGCUGAGGAUCUUCAAGGUCACACGACACUGGCAGUCUCUGAGUAACCUGGUGGCUUCUCUGCUAAACUCCAUGAAGUCCAUUGCUUCCCUGCUGCUGCUGCUCUUCCUUUUUAUUAUCAUCUUCUCCUUGCUGGGGAUGCAAGUGUUUGGUGGAAAGUUCAACUUUGACGAAACUCAGACAAAGCGGAGUACCUUCGACAACUUCCCUCAAGCCCUGCUAACUGUGUUUCAGAUCCUGACGGGAGAAGAUUGGAAUGCUGUCAUGUAUGAUGGAAUCAUGGCGUAUGGAGGCCCUUCUUCCACUGGAAUGAUUGUGUGCUUUUACUUCAUCAUCCUCUUCAUCUGUGGAAACUAUAUCCUCCUGAAUGUCUUCUUGGCUAUUGCUGUGGACAACUUGGCAGACGCAGAGUCUCUUAAUACAGAUGACAGUGACAAAAAAGGGGAUAAAAAGGAUGAUGAAAAAGAUGAAAAGGAGGAUGAGGAGGAAAUUGAUGACAAUGCAGCAGAAGAGGAGGACCCAGAGGUCCCAUCCGGGCCUCGGCCGGCUAUCUCUGAGCUGGUAAAGAAGGAGAAGAUCAUUCCUAUCCCAGAAGGAAGUGCCUUCUUUAUCUUCAGCAACACAAACCCCGUACGAGUGUUCUGCCACAAACUCAUCAACCAUCACAUAUUCACCAACCUCAUCCUGGUCUUCAUCAUGCUCAGCUCUGUCUCACUCGCUGCCGAGGAUCCAAUAAGAAACUUCUCAGCCCGAAACAUUAUACUUGGUUACUUUGACUAUGCUUUCACCGCUAUCUUUACUGUUGAGAUCGUUUUGAAGGUCCUAGGCUAUGCAGAUUAUGUCUUCACUAGUAUGUUUACAUUUGAGAUCGUAUUGAAGAUGACAACAUAUGGAGCAUUUCUCCAUAAAGGAGCAUUCUGCAGGAAUUAUUUCAACCUUCUGGACCUUUUGGUGGUGGGAGUCUCCCUUGUGUCAUUUGGCAUUCAGUCCUCGGCCAUCUCUGUGGUGAAAAUUCUUCGAGUCCUUCGCGUGCUUCGGCCGUUGAGGGCAAUUAAUAGGGCCAAGGGUCUUAAGCACGUUGUGCAGUGCGUGUUUGUGGCAAUAAGAACUAUUGGCAACAUCAUGAUCGUCACCACUCUGCUUCAGUUCAUGUUCGCUUGUAUAGGAGUGCAGCUAUUUAAGGGAAAGUUUUAUCGCUGCACGGAUGAAGCCAAGUCCAGCCCAGAAGAGUGCAAGGGAACCUACAUUGUGUAUAAAGAUGGAGAUGUAAACCAGCCAGCCAUCCACAGGAGGGUGUGGUACAACAGUGAAUUCAACUUUGACAAUGUCCUAAUGGCCAUGAUGGCUCUGUUCACUGUCUCCACUUUUGAAGGCUGGCCUUCGUUACUGUACAAGGCCAUCGACUCCAACAGAGAGAACCUCGGUCCCAUUUACAACUACCGUGUGGAAAUUUCCAUCUUCUUCAUCAUCUACAUCAUUAUCAUCGCUUUCUUUAUGAUGAACAUCUUCGUAGGUUUUGUCAUCGUCACGUUUCAGGAGCAGGGAGAGAAAGAGUACAAAAACUGUGAACUAGACAAGAACCAGCGUCAGUGCGUCGAGUAUGCCCUUAAAGCCCGCCCACUGAGGAGGUAUAUCCCCAAGAACCCAUACCAGUACAAGUUCUGGUACGUGGUAAACUCCACUGGCUUUGAGUACAUCAUGUUUGUGCUCAUCAUGCUCAACACACUCUGCCUCGCUGUACAGCACUAUGGCCAGUCAGCCCUUUUUAACUAUGUAAUGGACAUUCUGAAUAUGGUCUUCACCACGGUGUUCACUGUGGAAAUGUUUCUCAAACUCAUCGCUUUCAAACCCAGGGGGUAUUUUGGGGAUGCCUGGAAUGUGUUCGACGCCCUGGUAGUGAUUGGCAGUAUAGUAGACAUUGUUCUCAGUGAGAUUGAUCACUAUUUCGCUGAUGCUUGGAACACAUUUGAUGCCUUAAUUGUUGUUGGUAGCGUCGUCGACAUUGCUAUCACUGAAGUCAAUCCAACGGAGGCUCCUCAGGUGGAUGAGUUGGGGAAUACGGAGGACAGUGCUCGCAUCUCUAUCACCUUCUUUCGCCUGUUUCGGGUGAUGCGGCUGGUCAAACUUCUAAGUAGAGGGGAGGGCAUACGCACCCUGCUAUGGACUUUUAUUAAGUCCUUCCAGGCUCUGCCAUAUGUUGCCCUCCUGAUAGCCAUGCUGUUCUUCAUCUACGCUGUCAUCGGCAUGCAGGUGUUUGGAAAGGUCGCCAUGGUGGAUGGCACGCACAUUAACAGAAACAACAACUUCCAGACCUUCCCCCAGGCUGUGCUCCUUCUCUUUAGGUGUGCCACUGGCGAGGCGUGGCAGGAGAUCAUGCUGGCCUGCAUGCCGGGCAAGCUGUGUGACCCGGAGUCAGACUACAACCCGGGGGAGGAGAUGACAUGCGGCAGUGGAUUCGCAAUAAUCUACUUCAUCACCUUCUACAUGCUCUGCGCAUUCUUAAUCAUCAAUUUGUUUGUUGCCGUCAUUAUGGACAACUUUGACUAUCUGACCCGCGAUUGGUCCAUUCUUGGUCCUCACCACCUUGAUGAAUUUAAGAGAAUUUGGUCAGAGUAUGAUCCUGAGGCAAAAGGAAGAAUUAAACAUCUGGAUGUUGUGACCCUUCUUCGUCGUAUCCAGCCUCCUCUUGGAUUCGGGAAACUGUGUCCUCACAGAGUGGCUUGCAAGAGGCUGGUUGCCAUGAACAUGCCUCUGAACAGUGAUGGCACCGUCAUGUUUAACGCCACUUUGUUUGCUUUGGUGCGGACGGCCCUGAAAAUAAAAACAGAAGGUAAUCUGGAGCAGGCCAACGAGGAGCUGCGGGCCGUCAUCAAGAAAAUCUGGAAGCGGACCAGCAUGAAGUUGCUGGAUCAAGUGGUGCCUCCUGCUGGUGAUGAUGAGGUAACCGUGGGGAAGUUCUAUGCCACUUUCCUGAUACAGGACUACUUUAGGAAAUUCAAGAAACGUAAAGAGGAAGGCCUGGUGGGUGCACACCCUUCCCAGAACAACACAGCCAUUGCCUUGCAGGCUGGCCUUCGCACUCUGCAUGAUAUUGGGCCCGAAAUUCGCCGAGCGAUAUCAUGUGAUCUGCAGGAUGACGAACUAGUAGACUUUAUUCCAGAGGAAGACGAGGAAAUUUAUAGGCGAAACGGCGGACUUUUUGGGAAUCACCUCAUGAAUGGUGGUCAUCGGCGGUCCAAUGGGCAUCAGACCAACGCCACCCAGCGCCCUCUGCAGGUGCAGCCCCCCCCUCACUACGCUCACAUGGAGCAACCAGUGGGGCGACUAUCUCGGGCCAACGCAAUGUCCCACCCCAACCACCACCAUCACCACCACCACCAUCACCACCGCCACCACAACUCCUACGGGAAAUCUCCCAAAUCCACCAACAUCAACCUCAACAAUGCCAACGUGUCCAGUUUGCCCAACGGAGGACACCAUCGCUACUACGAACAUGCCCCUCCCAAUGGCUAUCCAGGACUACGCAGCACGUACUACGACUACGACAAGCCGCGGACACCGCAGGGUCAAAGAAGGCGCUACUAUGAGACCUAUGUUAGGUCCCAAAGAGGGGACGGCCGCCACCCCACCAUCCGCAGGGAGGAGGAGUUUGAUGAAGACCGCCUUUCUGGGGAAUAUUUCAGUGGGGAGGAGUACCAGACCAGUGACACAGAGUAUGAGACUCCUAAAGGCUACCACCACCCUGACAGUUACUAUGAAGACGACGAGCAGCCUCUCUACCGCGACUCACGCCGAUCACCAAAGAGAAGGCUGCUUCCUGCCACACCUCAAGGUCACAGAAGGCCAUCCUUCAACUUUGAGUGUCUGCGCAGACAAAGUAGCCAGGACGAGCUUCCACAUCAGCGUACCGCUCUGCCGCUGCACCUCAUGCAGCAUCAGGUUAUGGCUGUAGCAGGCCUGGACUCCAGCAGAGCCCACCGCCUCUCCCCGACCCGCUCCACCCGCUCCUGGGCCACACCUCCUGCCACUCCAGCCAGCAAAGACCAGUCACCGUACUACACCCCUCUCAUCCGCGUGGACCGACCCCACAGGGAGAGCAUCGUUGGCAGCCAAGUGUCUGUGCGCAAGAGCUCCUGGUACACCGACGAUCCCGAGUUCUCCCAGAGGACCUACUCACCCGUCCACCUGCAGGUGCCGCCUGAGUACCACAACCAGUACCACCAGAAGAGAGGCAGCGCAACCAGCCUCGUGGAAGCGGUUUUGAUUUCUGAGGGACUCGGGAGGUACGCUAAGGAUCCCAAGUUUGUCGCUGCCACAAAGCACGAGAUAGCGGAUGCUUGUGAGAUGACAAUAGACGAGAUGGAGAGUGCGGCCAGCCACCUGCUGAAUGGAGGGAUGGCCCCGGGUAUCAAUGGGGUCAAUGUCUUUCCCCUUCUAACUCAGAGGGACUAUGAUCUGCAGGACACUGGAGCCAGCUACAGUGACGAGGAGCCAGAGACAGAACCCAGGGCUCCUUACGAGGAGGACCUGGCAGACGAGAUGAUCUGCAUCACGACUUUAUAG